AUGGCGGAAAAAUCCAAGGAUGAAGAGGAGGAUGAAUUAAAAUUCGAUUCUUCUAAUUUUAACGCACUUAAAGUUCUAAAACUAGGUAAUGUACCCGUACCAUAUCCAAAUAUCCAGCCACUUAACAAUCUUGCUGAAUAUCAUUCGUUGGUCAGUGGCAAAAAGAAAGCAAGGAAGGAACAAGCAUCGAAAGAACUUCCCCAAACCAAGGGCCCGGUCCCUGCACCUCGACCGAAAAAUGCUCCACCUCCACCGGCUGAAAGAGAAGUUAAAGUUUCCAAACGACAUAAAAGAAAUUUCCUCAUAAGGAUGGAAGAGAAAGAUCAAACGGGCCCAAUGUCAUUGCUUAGGAGAAGUGUCUUUGAACAGCUUCGUGUUAAAGUAUGGACCCGAAGUGCAGCAUACAUCAGAGGUUUUUGUCAAGGCUAUAUUGUUGCUUAUGACAAAUAUUUUAAUAUGGCCAUGAUAGAUGUCGAUGAAACCUAUCGAAAACCAAUCUUUCCAAAAAAGAAUAAAAAACCUAUUAUGAUGGUUCCUAUUAUUCCAUCGGAUAGUCCUCCCAAUUCUGACUGGGAAGAAGACACAACAGAAAAUUCAGGAGGUGACAACAUUGUGUCAAUUGCCAUUGUUGACUAG